CGUCUCUCCAAAUCCACUGCUCCAUCUCUCUGCCACACACACUUUGUAAUAGCAAUCCCAGACUACCGAUAAAACCUGCUCUUAAAUAUAUAUAUACAUACAUAUAUAUACACACACAAACGCAUAUAUAGGCACACACAUCCAUGCAAUUACAUAUGUGGAAUUACACAUGACGCAAUUUGUCUUGGUCAAGAGUUUGUGGACUUGCAGUGAUACCCAGUGAAGAAAAAGAUUGAUUUCAAUCAAUCCACGAGUAAGAAGUAAAAAUCCAAUAUAUCCACGAUCUGGGUGAUAUUCAGGCCACUGGAAUAUUCCCAAAAAGGUAUCUCCCGUCAAGAUUCCGGCCACCGUUAGUAGAUCACAAUGGCGGCAGCUCUGGUCGGCGACGACAUGGCGAGAUCGACCAGCAGCCGGCGGAGCUUGGGGUCGACCAGCCGGAGAAGCUGGGCGUCCGGCAGUUUCCGGGACGUGUGGCAGCCUCCGCCGGACGUAUUCAACCGCAGCGGGCGGCAGGAGGACGACGAGGAGGAGCUCCGGUGGGCCGCCAUCGAGAGGCUUCCGACGUACGACCGCCUCCGCAAGGGGAUGCUGAGGCAAGUGCUUGAUAAUGGAAGGGUUGUUCAUGAUGAAGUUGAUGUAACUAAAUUGGGUAUGCAAGAUAAGAAGCUGUUAAUGGAGAGCAUACUCAAUGUUGUUGAAGAAGACAACGACAAGUUUCUAAGAAGAUUGAGGGACAGAACUGAUAGGGUGGGAAUUGAGAUUCCGAAGAUUGAAGUGCGGUUCGAGAAUUUAUCGGUGGAUGGAGAUGUGUAUAUUGGGAGCAGGGCACUUCCAACUCUGGUUAAUGCUACUAUGAACACACUUGAGGGUAUUCUUGGACUGAUUCGGCUAGCCCCAUCUAAGAAGAGAAAAAUCAAGAUACUUCAGGAUAUUAGCGGAACAGUGAAACCAUCGAGGAUGACACUGCUUUUGGGUCCACCAGGCGCAGGAAAGACAACGUUGUUACUGGCACUUGCUGGGAAGCUUGAUCAGGAUCUAAAGGUAUCUGGGAGAGUCACCUACUGUGGUCAUGAAUUAACUGAAUUUGUUCCUCAGAGAACCUGUGCAUAUAUUAGUCAACAUGAUCUUCACUAUGGAGAGAUGACAGUGAGAGAGACGUUGGAUUUCUCUGGACGCUGUUUGGGAGUUGGCACAAGAUAUGAAUUGCUAGUUGAACUCUCAAAAAGAGAAAAAGAAGCAGGAAUUAAACCAGAUCCUGAGAUUGAUGCAUUCAUGAAGGCGACAGCAAUGGCAGGACAAGAAACCAGUUUGGUUACAGAUUAUGUUCUCAAGAUACUUGGAUUGGAUAUUUGUGCGGAUAUUUUGGUUGGUGAUGAGAUGAGAAGGGGUAUAUCUGGUGGACAAAAGAAGCGUCUGACAACUGGAGAGAUGUUGGUUGGACCAGCAAAAGCUCUUUUUAUGGAUGAAAUAUCGACUGGAUUGGACAGUUCCACUACUUUUCAGAUAAUCAAAUUCAUGAAGCAAAUGGUUCACAUUAUGGAUGUAACCAUGGUCAUCUCUCUUCUGCAGCCUGCACCCGAGACGUACGAUCUUUUUGAUGACAUUAUCUUGCUUUCAGAAGGUCAAAUUGUCUACCAAGGUCCAAUUGAGAAUGUCCUCGAAUUCUUUGAAUUUAUGGGUUUCAAAUGCCCAGAAAGAAAAGGGGUUGCUGACUUUCUUCAAGAAGUAACUUCCAAGAAGGACCAAGAACAAUAUUGGUUCAAGAAGAACCAACCCUAUAGAUUUAUCUCAGUCCCUGAAUUUGCUCAGGCCUUUAACUCAUUCCCUAUCGGCCAGCAGCUUGCAACAGACCUUAGUGUUCCUUAUGACAAGUCCAGAGCCCACCCAGCUGCAUUGGUGACUGAAAAGUAUGGCAUCUCCAACUGGGAACUAUUUAAGGCAUGCUUUGCAAGAGAGUGGCUGCUUAUGAAACGGAAUUCCUUUGUAUACAUAUUUAAGACUACCCAGAUUACGAUCAUGUCAAUAAUUGCCAUGACUAUGUUCUUGAGGACAGAGAUGCCAUAUGGCAAUCUGCAAGAUGGAGGAAAAUUUUAUGGAGCUCUUUUUUUCAGUCUCAUUAAUGUGAUGUUUAACGGGAUGGCAGAGCUUGCGAUGACUGUAUUCAGGCUUCCUGUCUUCUAUAAACAGAGGGAUUUCUUGUUCUAUCCUGCAUGGGCUUUCGGCUUGCCCAUUUGGGUCCUCAGGAUCCCUUUAUCAUUCGUGGAAUCAGGGAUAUGGAUUGUUCUUACAUAUUACACUAUUGGGUUUGCUCCGGCUGCCAGCAGAUUUUUUCGGCAGUUCUUGGCAUUCUUUGGUAUACAUCAAAUGGCUUUGUCCCUAUUUCGAUUCAUUGCUGCUGUGGGAAGAACACAGGUUGUUGCAAGCACAUUAGGUACCUUCACCUUACUAAUGGUAUUCGUACUUGGAGGAUUCAUAAUUGCCAAAAAUGACAUUGAGCCAUGGAUGAUAUGGGGCUAUUAUAUUUCUCCUAUGAUGUAUGGACAGAAUGCCAUAGUCAUGAAUGAAUUUCUUGAUGAAAGAUGGAGUAAGAAAAAUACAGACCCUCGAAUUAAUGAACCUACAGUUGGGAAAGUCCUUCUCAAGGCAAGAGGCUUCUAUACAGAUGACUAUUGGUUUUGGAUCUGCAUUGGAGCACUCCUGGGGUUUUCCCUUCUCUUCAACAUUUUAUUUAUUGCAGCAUUGACUUUCUUGAAUCCUUUGGGUGAUGCAAAAGCUGUGGUUGUAGAUGAAGAUAGUGAUAAAAAGGACAAGAAGUCAUCCGAUCGAAAAAAUAAAAAAGAGGCAUUUGAAGGUGUUGAUAUGGAAGUGAGGAAUGUUAGUGCAUCGGAUCAUGCACCUAGAAGAGGAAUGGUUUUGCCCUACCAACCCCUUUCACUUGCAUUCAACCAUGUGAACUACUAUGUGGAUAUGCCUUCUGAAAUGAAAAAACAUGGAGUUGAAGAGGAUCGUCUCCAACUGCUACGAGAUGUUAGUGGUGCUUUCAGACCGGGUAUACUGACAGCACUAGUGGGGGUUAGUGGUGCUGGAAAAACCACAUUGAUGGAUGUCUUAGCCGGAAGAAAGACCGGUGGGUACACUGAAGGAAGCAUCGUCAUUUCAGGCUACCCAAAGAACCAAGCAACAUUUGCUCGGGUUAGCGGUUACUGUGAACAGAAUGACAUUCAUUCACCGAAUGUUACUGUUUAUGAAUCUCUCCUAUAUUCAGCUUGGCUCCGCCUUUCUUCAGAUGUAAAUACGAAAACACGGAAGAUGUUUGUUGAAGAAGUAAUGGAACUGGUUGAGCUUAAUCUGAUAAGGGAUGCUUUAGUCGGCCUUCCGGGAGUGGAUGGUCUUUCAACAGAACAAAGGAAGAGGCUGACAAUAGCUGUAGAAUUGGUUGCUAAUCCAUCCAUCAUCUUCAUGGAUGAACCGACAUCUGGUCUUGAUGCUAGAGCUGCUGCCAUUGUUAUGCGGACUGUGAGAAAUACAGUGGACACAGGGAGAACUGUUGUGUGCACAAUUCACCAACCAAGCAUAGACAUUUUUGAAGCCUUUGAUGAGUUACUAUUGAUGAAGAGAGGAGGGCAAGUAAUUUAUGGAGGACCUCUAGGUCGCAGGUCUCACAAGCUUGUAGAAUAUUUUGAAGCUAUUAAUGGGGUUCCCAAGAUAAAGGAUGGUUACAAUCCUGCUACAUGGAUGUUAGAGGUCACUGCUCCACCAGUUGAGGCUCAACUGGAAGUGGAUUUUGCUGAGAUUUAUGCCAAAUCAGAGCUUUACCAGAGGAUCCAAGAACUCAUUGAAGAACUUAGUACUCCGCCAGCAGGUUCCAAGGACCUCUACUUCCCUACCAAGUAUUCCCAACCAUUUGUCACUCAGUGCAAAGCGUGCUUCUGGAAACAGCACUGGUCUUACUGGAGGAAUCCACAGUAUAAUGCCAUUCGGUUCUUUAUGACAAUCGUCAUCGGUUGUUUAUUUGGUCUAAUAUUCUGGAACAAAGGACAGCAGACAACCAAGCAACAAGACCUUAUGAAUCUUUUGGGAGCUAUGUAUGCUGCUGUUCUUUUCCUUGGAGCCACCAAUGCUUCUGCAGUGCAGUCUAUUGUUGCUAUUGAGAGAACAGUUUUCUAUCGUGAAAGAGCAGCUGGAAUGUAUUCUGCUCUGCCUUAUGCGUUUGCUCAGGUGGCCAUAGAGACAAUCUACGUUGCAAUUCAAACCUUUGUCUACACUCUUCUUCUGUACUCCAUGAUCGGGUUUGAGUGGACGGCGGGCAAAUUCUUGUGGUUCUACUACUACAUAUUAAUGUGCUUUGUCUACUUCACAAUGUACGGGAUGAUGGUUGUUGCACUGACUCCGGGACACCAAAUUGCUGCCAUUGUCAUGUCUUUCUUCCUAAGCUUCUGGAACUUAUUCUCUGGUUUCCUCAUUCCUAGGCCGCAAAUCCCAAUCUGGUGGAGGUGGUACUACUGGGCUUCCCCUGUCUCUUGGACAAUCUAUGGCCUCGUGGUUUCUCAAGUGGGCGAUAUAGACACUGAACUUGAGGUACCUGGACUGCAAAACGUGACAGUAAAGGCAUUUCUUAAAAGCUACUUAGGCUUUGAAUACGACUUUCUUCCUGCCAUUGCUGUGGCCCAUGUCGGCUGGGUCGUUCUAUUCUUCUUUGUCUUUGCCUACGGCAUCAAGUUCUUGAACUUCCAAAGAAGAUAACAAGCUGAAGUUCUGAACGGGCUCGUGAAUUAUCUAUGCAAUAGAAAGUACUCAAUUGUAUUAUUAGUCCAGGAAUGGAGAAGACAAACAAUUUUCUUUCUUAUUUCUUUUUCUUGCUUGCAUUAUCUUUCCAGAUUAUUCUUUUGUCUUCGUUUAUCAUAAGAGAGAGGAGUGUAUUUCAGCCUGAUAGUUACACGCAAAUGGUCAAAUAAUGCACACAAAAAGCUGUGGGCAUGUAUGUACAUAUAUAUUUAUUGAUACGUAUAUUUUCCUCUUGUGCAGC